AUGUCGAACCCGGAUACCGAUAGUUAUGCUGCUGCGUACUCGAAGGCGCUGAACCAGUGUGCUAACGCCGACACGACCAUUAUGACCUGCUUCCCGACUAAUGAGACCCGAGUAUACCAAGGCCAAUUCGUCGAUCUCGUCUGGAACCCUCGCUACCCACAAUUCGCUCAAUCCGGCCAAGUCGAUAUUCACCUCUUCCGCGAUAUAGGCGAUAUCCAGCCCAGCGUCUAUGAAGCAAUCAACAUCACGAACCCUGAGGCUGGCAAUGCGGGCGUCCGGCACAUUCAAGUCGAUGACUCUUGGUUUGACGCCGAGUGGGACGGAAUAGAUCUCAACGAUCCGUUCUAUUUCGCAAUCGCUCCGAGCGGGACUGUCCCACAGGCGCAGGCAACCUUCAGGGCCGUACAGACGGGACCGGUCCCUCUCUCAUCGUCGACUCCAGCUGUCCCUGUAGUGUCUUCUACCUCGUCCCCUGGUACCGUCAACGUCGACUCGAGCGUCCCCGCUGGUGCAAUUGCGGGGCCCGUUGUUGGUGGUUUGGCGCUAAUCAGCGGCCUGGGCGCGUGGUACCUGCUUCGCCGCCGCCGUCGGGCAGCUGCGAGGAAGGCGAUCGUGGUCAACCUUGGCUCGGACACUAACUCGGACACUCACUCUAUCAUGUCUGAGGCGGAUGAGAAGAUACUGGUGCGCGAGAUGAGUCGCGUGUAG